CUUGUUUAGUGUUGCUGAUGAAACGCUGAUUGAAAUCGGCAACCCCCCAUCAGCUAAAUUCGCCGGUUUCUGCAGCAGAUAAAUUACAUUUGUACAACAACAUAUUAACGUUACGCACGACAUUGUUUACUAACGUUAGCCAUGUCUCAAGACGGAUUUCAACCUACACUAAUAAGGACCACGCACAAUAACAACACGAGGUCUGUCAUGCUACUAGCUAGCUCUAGCUAGCCAACGUUACAUCGGAUUUGUUUCCAUCCAGGCAUUUGAUGCUCGUUAACUAGCCAGCUAGCUAGUUAGCAUUAUUCGCACUAUCAAAUAUAUUUAUAACUAACCCCUUUAGCAGGCUAGCUACAUUUUUUUUUUGCUAUACCCAAUUAGUUAGCCAUACGGUGUUUAUCAGGGUUUCAUUCAGUACCAUCAUUUGUCGCUCAAUAUUAAUACCAACAAAAAAAAAAACACAGCUAUUUCUAUUGAAUCCAAUGCAGUGACACUGACUGUUAAUCAUACUUUGUACGCAGCAUGAGUAUUCAACAAACUCAGGCGCCGUGCCCGGGUAAAACGCCGAUACAAAUUCUGCAUGAAUACGGAACCAAAAUUGGUAACCUUCCCGUGUACGUGAUGGAAAAGGCUGAAGGGGAGGCACACCAACCCAGUUUCAUCUUUAACGUGACAAUAGGCGAUGUGUCCUGCACAGGUGAGUCAUCUUGCGAAGUAUGUAAAUUAGGCUCAAUUUAGCUAGAGGAUUAUGGGGGAUUGUAUUAACAACAUGGGCUUCAAAGUUAUAUCCCCAUGUUCGCCUUAUCCUCAAUACUUUGGAUGAAGCCAUGAGUGUCAUUCUGUUGUUGUAUCCCAGGUCAAGGAUCCAGUAAAAAAGCUGCCAAACACCAGGCCGCUGAGUCUGCCCUGAACCUUCUGGAAAUAGACGCUGGGACACCGUGAGUGAAUAUGGACAAUUUCUAAAAUGAGCAUUUAUGACAACAAGUUGCAUUUGCAACCAUUAUAGUCAGUAACAUUAUUAACUUUUUAUGUCUGAUAUCCCCUCCUGCAGCCUUCACAUGAAGACGGAGAGUAAUGGCAUCCCAGCAGAGCCCAACGACCAACCCAACUCAGUGGGCAUUCUGCAGGUGUCUUUGUUAUUGCCCUUCAAUGACCUUAGAAUGUGUUUUUGUAAGACAAUAGGGCUGUGUACUGUUGCAGGGCUGUAAUCAUAGUAACACCUUUAUGUUGGCAUUGAGCAUCUUCAACGUGACAUAAGAAAAGCCAUAUGAUUAUGAAUAGAUAGGUUGUUUUCAUGUCUUUGCUAGUACAAAGUAUGGGGACACCCCUUCAAAUUAGUGGAUUUGGCUAUUUCAGCCACACCCGUUGCUGACAGGUGUGUAAAAUUGAGCACACAGCCAUGCAAUCUCCAUAGACAAACAUUGUCAGUAGAAUGGCCUUACUGAAGAGCGCAGUGACUUUCAACGUGGCACUGUCAUAGGAUGCCACCUUUCCAACAAGUCAGUUUGUCAAAUUCCUGCCCUGCUAGAGAUGCCCCGGUCAACUGUAAGUGCUGUUAUUGUGAAGUGGAAACGUCUAGGAGCAACAACGUCUCAGCUGCGAAGUGGUAGUCCACACAAGCUCACAGAACGGGACCGGCGAGUGCUAACAUAUUUUUUAAAAACAUUUUUAAUCAUUUAGCAGACGCUCUUAUCCAGAGCGACUUAGUUAGUGAGUGCAUACAUUAUUUUUUUCAAUUUUUUAUACUGGGCCCCCGUGGGAAUCGAACCCACAACCCUGGCGUUGCAAACGCCAUGCUCUACCAACUGAGCUACAUCCCUGCCGGCCAUUCCCUCCCCUACCCUGGACGACACUGGGCCAAUUGUGCGCCGCACCAUGGGUCUCCCGGUCGCGGCUGGCUACAUCAGAGCCUGGAUUCGAACCAGGAUCUCUAGUGGCACAGCCUUAGACCACUGCGCCACUCGGGAGACAUGCUAAAGCGGGUAGCGCGUAAAAAUUGUCUGUCCUCGGUUGCAACACUCACUACCGAGUUCCAAACUGCCUCUGGAAGCAACGUCAGUACAAGAACGGUUGGCCGGGAGCUUCAUGAAAUUGGUUUCCAUGGCCGAACAGCCGCACAAGCUUAUGCCAAGCGUUGGCUGGAGUGGUGUAAAGCUCGCUGCCAUUGGACUCUGGAGCAGUGGAAACGCGUUCUCGAGUGAUGAAUAAUGCUUCACCAUCUGGCAGUCUGACUUACGAAUCUGGGUUUGGUGGAUGCCAGGAGAACGCUACCUGCCCUAUUGCAUAGUGCCAACUGUACAGUUUGGUGGAGGAGGAAUAAUGGUCUGGGGCUGGUUUUCAUGGUUCGAGCUAGGCCCCUUAGUUCCAGUGACGGGAAAUCUUAACGCUACAGCAUACAAUGACAUUCUAAACGAUUCUGUGCUUCCAACUUUGUGGCAACAGUUUGAGGAAGGCCCCGUGCACAAAGCGAGGUCCAUACAGAAAUGGUUUGUCGAGAUCGGUGUGGAAGAACUUGACUGGCCUGCACAGAGCUCUGACCUCAACCCCAUCGAACACCUUUGGGAUGAAUUGAAAUGCCGACUGCGAACCAGGCCUAAUCGCCCAACGUCAGUGCCCGACCUCACUAAUGCUCUUGUAGCUGAAUGGAAGCAAGUCCCCGCAGCAAUGUUCCAAUAUUUAGUGGAAAGCCUUCCCAGAAGAGUGGAGGCUGUUAUAGCAGCAAAGGGGGGACCAACUCCAUAUUAAUGCCCAUGAUUUUGGAAUGAGAUGUUCGACGAGCAGUUGUCCACAUACCUUUGGUCAUGUAGUGUAUGUUUCCUAUGGAUUCCUCCCAAAAGGAACUGGCACUGCAGCGGGGAUGGCGCCUCCCUGAAUACACUGUUCUCAUGGAGGCAGGCCCACCUCACAAGAGAGAGUUCACUGUUACCUGCAGAAUGGAGUCACUGACAGAGACAGGUAUGGUGGCUCCACUGUUCUUUCUAAAUGUUUUAUCAUUGUAUUUGAAAGAACAUAGAAGCAUUUUAUUUUUAUAUAUAUGUUUUUGAACACUUCCUACUUUUAAAAGUAUUCAGUUGAGUCAAUUUAUAAGCAUGUCAUCUAUGUGUAUCCGAUAGCAAUGGGAAAUUCUAAGAAGGUAGCCAAAAAGGCAGCUGCGGAGAAGAUGGUGGCAAAACUUCAAAACCUGUCUGGCUGUCCUGAAAUCACAUGGGUAUGUACAAUAUUUCCUCUCUUAUUUGGCUUCUUUCUUGGUAAAACAUAUUUAGGGAAUUUUGUCAUCUAGAAUUAAUGUAAUGAGUAUUCUUUGACCAACUCUUUCCAGACCCCGAAGCCCAGUGUCCGUCUGGAGAACUUGCGUAACUCCUCGGCAGAGAAGAUGUCUCUCCUGAGAAGGAACCCACUCAGCAUUCCCAACACCGACUAUAUCCAGAUGAUGCUGGAGCUGUCCAAUGAGCAGGGCUUCGAAGUCACAUACUUUGACAUUGGUGAGUAGCUAUCUCUUGUACUGAUCAUGGAUGUUAACUUUGUCUGUUUUCACAAAUAGCUAAACAGGGGCAUAUUCCAAGUGUAUUGUACAGUGUGUUUGUGAUGUGCUUGGCAGAUGAGCUGACUGUGAAUGGGCAGUACCAGUGCCUGGCAGAGCUGUCCACCUCACCUGUCACCGUAUGCCAUGGCACGGGCAUCUCCUGCGGCAACGCACACAAUGACGCCGCACACAGCGCGCUCCAGUACAUCAAGAUCAUGGCUUCUAUCAAAUGAAUGAUCCUAGUAAACAUCACAACUGUUUCACCUGCAAUACAUAUUUAAGGAAUUGAGGGAGAAAAAAAAACAUUUAAUCACAGCUGAAAUGUGUAGCUAUCUUCCAUCAACCAUUAUGUUUUCACUCAUUACCAGUGUUCACUCCGUAUGAAAUUGGUAGAUAUUGAAGGCAUUAUCAAUAGGAAUCAUGCCAUUCAGACAAAACAGUCCAGUUGUUGUUUUUAUAACAGUGACGGUCUACACCGUUUAUCACCUAUGGUUUCUGUCAGCUAUUUUCAAGUUACUUUGAGAAGAUAAGUGAAGAGAAAAAAAAGCUAAUCCAAUGGGGGUUAUGUACCAUAGAAAAACAAGGACAAAGGAAUAGAAUGGACACUAGUCUUGAGAAAGGCCUUGCUGUCAAAAUGUCGACAUAUCGAAAACAGUCUCCAACUUAUCUCCUUGUCCUUGUUUUUUUAUAAGCCACUUUGAGGACAUGCAAUCAUUUAUUGAAUGAUACACAAUUUAAAACUGUAUUGCACUGAACAAAAUGAGUGAGUGGAAACCGGUUUGGACUCAUUUACGUAUAAGGUUAUGAGAAAAUUAUGAAUUUUACGUAAUCUUAUAGGUACAUUUUCAAAUACUAAUGAAGCAUAUUGAAAAGGGCCUACUGGAUAAACUAUGUAGGAACAAAAUCAAUACAUUAAGUUCACAUUUGUAUUUGGUUUGAUCUUCUAAAUUAUCUCUGCUUUAUUUAAUCGGUUAUUUCUCUCUGCCAAAUCAAGAUUAAAUUACUUGAGGGAAAUAUGUUUCCAUAGCAAUAUUAACCCCUAUUUUCCAAUCAGCUUAUUAAAAAGAUAGUCCAUUAUCAUUUUGUUUGAUUUUAGAGUAAAGGUUUGAGCUUUGGUUGGUUUAAGACCAUAUUACAGUUUUUUUUAAAUUCGGUUUUAUUCAGUCAUAGGGAGAAGGACUG